CUAACUUUUUAAGCAAUUAAUGGAUGCUUGGAAGUUGACGUACAAAUCUAUUCAGAAAUGUUUUGCCACCUGAGACCUGUGAGGAGGUUAUUUCUAGAGAAGAUAUUUCCACACUGGUUUCUCUACUCAAGAGCAUUAUCAGGAGCUGAAGCAGUCAAUGCCUUGAGGCCUUUCUAUUUUGCAGUACAUCCAGAUUUCUUUGGACAGCACCCCAGAGAAAGGGAAGUCAAUGAAAAUUCUCUUAAGAGGUUAAGUGCCUACUUAGAAAACCUCCAGAAACCAGGCUUCAAGUCUUUGAAACCAACUCAGCUUACGUUUUAUAUAAGAGAAACAGACCAGAAUUCCUCUGGUGGCCAGGAACCUUUUAGUACUUACGGAUUUCGAGCAGUCAAAUUUACUUUGCACACCAGAGAUCUGCUAAGCACAGUAUUAUAUAUUCUCAACUCCUGCAGUUUAUCUACUGAACAUAUCCAAAGCUUGAAUACUAAUGUGCAUUCCCAGUCUCUCAAAGAAGCUAAAAAGAUGUCCGACAGGCCCAUCAAAUGGGACAAGUCUUAUUACUCCUUUACUGGAUUCAAGGACCCUGAGGAAGACCUUGAACAAGUCUCGAGAAUGGAAACAACUCUAACGUCAUGGUUAGAUAACAAUGGAAGAAGUGCUGUGAAAAAGCUGAAGAAUAGUUUGCCGCUUAGAAAAGAACUAGAUCGUUUAAAAGAUGAACUGUCUCAUCAGUUACAACUCUCAGAUAUCAGCCUGUUUUGUUAUUUUCAAGGGGAAAAGGAGGGGUCAGGCUGCACGAUCAUAUUUACAGACCGUUCUGGUAUGAGUGCCGUGGGCCAUGUGAUGCUAGGAACAAUGGAUGUCCAUCAUCACUGGACAAAACUUUUUGAAAGAUUGCCAAGUUAUUUUGACCUUCAGAGGAGGCUGAUACUUUUAGAAGACCAAAUAAGCUAUCUUUUAGGUGGCAUACAAGUUGUUUAUAUUGAAGAAUUACAGCCAGUAUUGACACUUGAAGAAUAUUACUCUCUUCUUGACACGUUCUAUAAUAGACUGCUAGAAAGUAGAAUACCUUUUCACCCUCGAAGUCUGCGUGGCUUACAAAUGAUGCUUAACAGUGACAGAUAUGCUCCAAGCUUGCAUGAACUCGGGCAUUUUAACAUCCCAACACUGUGUGAUCCAGUAAAUCUCCAAUGGUUUAUUCUCACCAGAGCCCAGCAGGCAAGAGAGAACAUAAAGAGGAAGGAAGAGUUAAAGGUUAUUGAAAAUGAAUUGAUACAGGCUUCAACAAAGAAAUUUUCUCUGGAGAAGUUAUAUAAGGAGCCCAGCAUUUCUAGUAAACAAAUGGUGGAUUGUUGUAAGAGGCUUCUAGAACAAUCACUGCCUUAUCUACAUGGGAUGCACCUCUGCGUUUCACAUUUUUACUCUGUUAUGCAAGAUGGAGACCUUUGUAUUCCUUGGAAUUGGAAAAAUGGAGAAGCCAUUAAAUAACACAGAAAUCUUUCAUUUUUUAAAGAGAUAAGGAACUGUUAAACUAAGCUUAUUUAAUAUCACAAUUUGAAAUAACAGUAUUAUUUACAUAUCACAAGAACAAAGUUUCUAAGUGCUGCUUUAAAGGAAAUAUUUGUAAAAAAAUAAUUUCUGCUGGGAAACUUGUUUUAAAAGGGCUUUACGACCCAGAUAAAAUUGUGAUAUUGAUUGGCAAGAUGAGGCAAAAGGAUGUUAGAGUGAAAGAACAUAUUUUUAGUAAUAUGUAAAUGAAGGAUUCUACAGGAGUCAUAUAUUUUUACGUGAGUGAAUGUUGGUUGGGGGCUGAACAAGUAUGUGUGUGUGUGAGUAUAAACAGGUCUCAUAUUCGGUGUAGCUCUGAAGUAAUGGGACUCAUCUCUACAUGUAACACAAUUCAACAUGCAGCUUUUACAUCUCAUGAAUAUAUAUACACACACAUACUUUGCAGCCAGUAAAAAAAGCCCAGUUGAUGUCUAAAACGGGAGACAAAUAGGUAGCAAAAGAUAGAUAACCAAAUUUUGCCUGAGGGAGAGUAGAAGGAAAAAAAGCUGUUGAAUACAUGGUAAUGACUUUGUCAUCAGCAGUCUGAUACCAGUUUAUUAAAACAUCUUCAGUGACAGAGAAUUUAGUUUUAAACCCAUAAUUUCUCCUAUCCAUGAAAAAAUUGUAACUGUUGAUAGCAUGAAACCAACAGACAGGAAAUGUUUUUGAAUCAUUUAAUGAGGUGACUCAUUUAUUUUCACAAUCACUGUCCAGGAAAAUCCUUGCCUAUUUCCCAAAGAGCCCUAGGAAGUAGAGUCAAGUGUAAAGUGGUUUAGACCAUUCAGGAUUUCUGUCCCCGCUCUCAGCCUUGAUCCUCCUGUUCAGUGUUUGAAACUCUUUUGUUAGCUCUGGCCUGGUUAAAACCCCUGUGAGUCACCUCAUGUUCGUAGUGACACAGUUUAACCCCAGGUGGUUUAUGGUGUCCCAGCAAAGUUGAGAGACCUGUCUCCGAACUCGGUGCUUCUCUCUGCAGAUUACCCUAAGAUUCCUUAGGGUAAUAUUUUUAACUAAAUCCAAAACCCCUUCAGCUCAUUUCUCAAGAAGACAAGGUGAAUUUCGGUUUGGGACACCACUUUUGUGGCUCUUGUUGCUAAAGAGAUCAGAAAGAAAUUUUUUCUGCAGUGCAUUAGAAAGUAAAGGAGAUGUUAAAGUCAGUUCUUGAAAUAUGUUUUAAAUUUUUCUAAAACACAGAUUAUUUAAGCAGUUUAAAUUUAAAUGAAUUCAAAAGAAAUAUUUAUUUGUAAUUAUUAUAGUUUGUGUAUAUCAUCCCUUUUAACCUGUGUAUAGCAAUUAUACAGAUGCUCCUCAAGUUACGGUGGGGUUAUGUCCAAGUAAACCCAUUGUAAGUUGAAGAUAUUGUAAGUUAAAAAUGUGUUUGAUAUGCCUAAUCUACUGAACGCCAUAGCUUAGCCUGGCCUCCCUCAAACAUGCUCACAACACUUAGAUCAGCCUGCAGUUAGGCAAAAUCUUCUAACAGAAAGCCUAUUUUAUAAUAAAGUGGUGAAUGUCUCAUGUAAUUUAUUGAAUACUGUACUUUAUGUCAAAAUUGUAACAAUUUUGCACCAUCGUAAAUUUGAAAAAUCUUAAAUCGAACCAUCUUAGGUUGAGGACUGUCUGUACUUAAAUUUUGUUUUCUAAUGUAACAAGUGUUGCCCGUAAAGAUUUUCCACAGCCAUAUAAUGGGAAUGAAAAAUUCCUUAAAGGUUAUAUAAGAAAAUUUAUUGGAAAAUUAGGUUUGGAUUAUACCAUUUCUAAAAUCAACUGAUAUAGAAUCCUCAGUAAUAUGUUUUGAAUUAGGUUUUGUCUCAUCUAAUUGUUCAAAAUAAAAAAUACCUUCAUCAACCAGG